UCGGUUGGUUAGAUUUAUAGAAUGUUUAUUAUACUGCAUUUGUUCGCGAAUGAGAUAAACAAGAUCAUAAAAAUUGACAUAAUUAUACGUCUAUCGACAAUUGCAUGAUUUGCGUUAUCAUUUUGUGAUAUAUUUUUUAACAAAUAGUAGUUACCGAAUUUUAACCAUAUUUUUGAAAACGUGACGGUAUUUAGUAGUCUUUGAUAUUGCAAGUACACUGAUUUAUUUUUCAUAACUUGCACAAUAACAAUUGUUAUUUUAAAGUUAAAGUACAGUUUUUUAUUGCUUACAUCUCUUCUAUAUAUUUAUAGAACUUAUCUAAAAAUUAGCAAUAAUAGUUUUUUUUUUUUUGCUCUAUCAGUAAAUAACUUUAUUAGUAAGACAGCUACAAACAAUACUGACUAAUCUUUUUAAAUUUAAAGCUAUAUUCUGUUGGGCUGUAUCUCCUCUACAACAAAGUUAAUUGAUAUAGACACUAUUAACUUAUUUUUAAUGAAUCAAUAUGAAUAUACUACCAAAAACACCAGUUUCAAUUUUACAAGAAAUGAUGGUUAAGAAGAGUAUAACUCCUAACUAUGAGUUGAUCCACAAUGGAGGUGGAACACAUCAAAAUACUUUCACAUAUCAAGUAUCAUGUGAUGGUCUAACAGCAACUGGUACAGGCAGAUGCAAAAAAGAUGCUAAACACGAAGCUGCAAAAGCAAUGCUGGAAGCAAUAGCUAAACAUAUUUCUUUGCCUCAAUUACCAGCAUCCCCUAGUGAAUCACCUGUCAGAACACCUUUGCCAAUAAUUGUACCUGCUCCUCCAAAGUCACCAGCCAAUGUUCCCUUUCGUAACACAAUUGGUGAACUGCAGGAUUUGUGUUCAACUAAUAAUUUAGAUGAUCCAGUGUAUGAAGAAAUAAGUGAUGUUGGACCUCCUCAUGCACGAGUUUUUACUGUGCAAUGUUUGGUAUCAACUUUUGUAGAAAAAGGAAUAGCCACAACUAAGAAACAAGCAAAGCAUCAGGCUGCUCAAAAAAUGAUAGACCGGAUAAUUGCAGUUGUCUCAGAUGAGGGCAGUGAUCACAUGAAAGAUAGAAAUACGAAAAAGGAGCAAAUGGCAAGUGAAAUAGCAAUAGCUAGGUAUCCCGAGUUGACUGUAAAUCAUGAAGUAAUGAAAUCCAAAGUAAAUUGGGGGCUCAAAGUGUUAAACUUUCAUAAAAGAUUGAAAGAAAGCUUUAAUGAAGAGAAUCUCAAAAUCUUUCAGGAUAAAUUAGAAGUUUUAUCAAAUUUAGUGAAUAAGUAUAAUAACAAUAAUAAUGAAGAAUUAUAUUCAAAUUUAAAGCAAGAAUUGGAGAGUACAUUGAUAUCUUCGAAUAUACAGUUUUAUUAUACAAGUUUUGCAAGUGCCCAUAUUGGUUAUAUCAUAGGUAUGCAACUCAGCACUGCUCCAGAUAUUUCUGAAAUUGGUUCAGGUAAAUCUGCAAUUGAAGCAGAAGUAAAUGCCAUAAAAAAAAUUAUUGAUGCUUUACAAUUUUUUGUAAACUAAAAAAAACUAAGUGAAGAAUAAUUACAGUCCGAAAUUUGCGAUUUUUGUUUUUAAUACAUAAAAACAUUUAUUUUUUUGGAAACAAAGUUAACCUGUGAAAAAUAUUAUAUUUUAUGCAAAAUUGUGAUCAUACUUUUUAUUUCUACUUUUAAUAUAUUGCUUACAAAGUAUUAAAGUUAUUCUGUAAAAAUACUGUAACCCAUUAACUAUAAAAUAGUU